AUGAGUACCCACCAUCUCGAUCACAUCAGGUGCACGACGUGCCACAGCGAGCAACCUCGGAGCGCGUUUCAGGAUUUGGAGGUCCGUCUUUAUGGCAAGGACAAAACCUACAAAAUCACCAGCAAAGGCUGCACCGUCGGCCAGACAAACUAUUAUGCCGGAAACGACACAAGCAUGAGAGUGUUACAGUGCACGGAAUGCGACGAAGUUCUACCCUACAACAAAUUCAGUCAGCGCCAGCGGAAGGAACGGGAGACCGCACGCUGCCUCACUUGCGUCGGACUCGGUUAA